CGCAAGAAGUUGAGAUCUGUAGUUACAGCCGCUCGGCUCCUUCUAAUGGCUUCCGUGAAACGAUGCAAUAGCUGAGAUGCCAUGAGAUUUGUAUAUAAUAAGAGGUAAAGCUGGGCCAAGUAUCUUUUCAUUCUUUCAAAUCAUUGUUAUUUAUCAUCGAUUGACACUUUAUCAAUUAAUCAAAUACUCUCGUUGCAUCAACACAGCUUUCAUUACAAGUAUGGGCAUUUUAGUCAAACUCGUUGGAUCAGGACUCGGUCUUGUAUUAGAAACAAUUCAUCAUCAUAGAAAUAAGUCCUCAUCAGAUCUUCAAGCUUCUUCGAACAAUGGUGAAAGCAGUCGAGCGGGUGCUCAAUUAGAUCACACUUACAACGAUGCACCCCCUCAAUAUGUUGAAGUAUCCCCUGAGGAAGCCAAUAAAACGAUAACCAAGGGCCAAGCUGUGCCAAUAAACGAGAAAGAAAAGUAUGAAAUCGAAAAGGAACUUGAGGAUGAGGAUUCUUCGGAUACAGAAUCUGAGGAAGGGGAUGAGGAAGCUUGGGCUUUGGACGAAGCGGCAAAUCCAUCCAAUCCAACUACUCCUUCCGAGGAAAUUGCUCAAAAUGCAGAUGAACUUACCAAUGUAUUCAUACGGAAUCAUCCACCUCCAGCAUAUAGUGCUUCAAAGCCGAAAUUACCUUGUCCGGUUAUCCUUCCACAGCGCAGACCAAGAGACAAGAAGCGUGGAUUUAUCAGAGCAUAUGCACCUGUUUUAGAAGAUUGUGGGAUCGACCAAGCUACAUUUUUAGAUUUCUUAAAAACUUUCUACCAUGCGAGUAAAUCUUCUCCAUGGUUAAAUGUUAUAAAUGCAGCAGCUGGUAUUGUAGGCUUUGUUCCUGGUCCCAUUACAAUGGGUGUAUCAAUCGCUACUCAAUUUGCUGUCGGUGUGGCUAUGGAGCUUCAGGCACGAUCAAGGUUAGUUUCCAUUAUUUCAAUAUUGAUCAUAAGCUGAUAAAUAUUCCACAGGACGAAUACUUUCCUCGAUAGAAUGAAUAAUGAAUUCUUCAUGCCUCGUGAUCUUUACUGCUUGAUACUUACGUAUAAGCCCGAAUCAUCAGCAACCCAUGCUUCGGUUGAUAUUACUAAAGCCAUUUCCUCAUCUCUUGAUGACACAACCACAGGAUUCAAAAAAACAUUGAAGAACAUCAAACUUUCAAGCGGGACUACAUAUGGAGAACUCGAAAUGCCAGAAGCAGCACCACUAAUUUUCCCAGCAUUAGACCAAAUUGUCGAGAUUGAAGGAAAUGAAAAUAUCCCCAAAAGUAACAAAUUCAAGGACAGUGGCAAAUUCGUCACCGAUUACUUCGAUCGUCGAGCUCAAGCCAAAUAUGUCAGUUCCUUUUUCUCCUGUCUAGGACAUCUUUCCCCAGCUUUCCUCUCCUUUCCUUCACUCCACCCUAAAUCCUAACAUAACAAAAAACAGGCAAUGCAAAAUCCAAACACCACCCUAGCAACCCCCAAACCACAAUUUCUCUCCCGAUACUCGGAUCCCAGUCACCCUGCUAAUAGCGGAUCUCUCAUCUCUCUCAUAACAGGCGGACAUAUCAAUCCCAAAGCGCGAAAAAUGGAACGUAGAGCAGCUAGAGGAGAAAGAAGACAAAAUAAAAGAAUUCGAUCCGCGUAUCGGAGAAGUGAAGUUAUUACGCCGGAGACGGAACUUAGGAGGAAGAGAAAACAGGGUCUUGUGAAGAGGAUUUUGCAGAAGGUUAGUUUUUUUUUUUCUUUUUCUUUUUUUUUUCGCUGGAAACGUUGUGUGCGUAUAGAGCUAAUUGUGCUUAGGAUGUUCUUUAUCUCAUAGUUGUGAGUUUUGAUCCGGAGAGUCCGGAGUAUCAGGCUGGUUUGAGGAGUGUUGGGGAGGAAAAGGGGAUGUAAAUUUUUUAGGUUUUUAUUUUAUGUUUUAAGUCUAAUUAAUACCCUACUUUCGGACCACCCCCCUUUUCGGUUUACUUUUUAUAUCAAAAAUCGUGAUUUUCAUCUAUUAAUAAUUUUACAAUUAAUCAAUAGAAUUUGAUGAAACUUGGAUUAUAAGUUUAUUAUAUAACUAUUG